AUGUCUUCCACCAACGAGCAUGGCCAGGGUGCAUCGCACGCCACUGGUCAGAGUGCCGUCCCCAAGAAGGUCCAGGAGGCUGCACCAAAGGGUCUCGAGGAGAGCCUCCCUGAAGGUGUCCACCCCACUGGCAGCAACCCCAACAGCCAGUCUACCAGCAAGACCCAUGCUCUGAACGACGGCGAGGACUCAAUCGUCCCCAAGAAGGUCCAAGAGAUCGUUCCCGAGUCUGUCGAACGAGCUCUUCCCAACUCGAUCCACAACACCGGAGACCAGUAA